ACGCAUUCAACAAUGGAAACCAAUCAGUUACCUUGCAAGUCAAGCUUCUCUCUGCUCUUAUUUUUCCUACUUACUAUCAUUGCUUUCCAUGCUACAAAUGCAGAGCAUCAAUACCAUGAAUUUGUUAUCCAAAGAACACCAGUGAAGAGGCUGUGCAAGACACAAAGCAUACUCACUGUAAAUGGACAGUUUCCAGGCCCAGCAAUUGAAGUAAGAGAUGGUGAUUCACUUGCAAUCAAAGUAGUCAAUGCUGGACCUUACAAUAUCUCUAUCCACUGGCAUGGAUUGAGGAUGCUGAGAAAUCCAUGGGCAGAUGGACCAAGCUAUGUGACUCAAUGUCCUAUCCAACCUGGGGGAAGUUACACAUACCGUUUUACAAUACAAAACCAAGAGGGAACCCUUUGGUGGCAUGCUCACACUGGCUUCCUACGAGCCACUGUUUAUGGUGCUUUCAUUAUCUACCCGAAACAGGCUUCUUCCUAUCCAUUCACUCGGCCAAAGAGAGAAUUUCCCAUCCUUCUUGGGGAAUGGUUUGAUAGGGAUCCUAUGGCUCUCUUAAGGCAGACACAGUUAACAGGAGCUGCUCCAAACGUGUCUGUUGCUUACACCAUCAACGGUCAACCCGGAGAUCUCUACAGAUGUUCUAGUCAAGAAACCGUGCGUGUUCCGGUAGAUGUAGGCGAGACGAUUCUGCUAAGAAUCAUCAACAGUGCCCUGAACCAAGAACUCUUCUUCUCAAUAGCUAAUCAUAGAAUGACAGUUGUCGGCACAGACGCGGCAUAUACGAAGCCUUUCAACACCGGAGUCAUCAUGAUAGGACCCGGCCAGACAAUCAACGUCCUCGUCACGGCCAACCAGCCUCCCGGCCGCUACUACAUGGCGGCGCGCGCAUACCAAACAGCCAUGAACGCCGCCUUCGACAACACUACCACCACCGCCAUCCUCAAAUACAAAUCCGCCAGCUGCAGCAGAAAAGGACCAGCACCGCGGCCAAUUCUUCCCGCAUUGCCAGCUUUCAACGACACCGCCACCGCCACCGCAUACACGUCGGGAAUCAGAGGAAUGUCAAAGAUUAACGUCUUCACAGACGCUGCUGAUGCGAAUUUGUUCUUCACAGUUGGAUUAGGCCUAAUUAAUUGUACAAAUCCUAAUAGUCCCCGGUGCCAGGGACCAAACGGAACGCGAUUCACAGCAAGCAUUAACAAUAAUUCUUUUGUUCUUCCAAGGACAACCUCCUUAAUGCAGGCUUACUACCAAGGAAUACCCGGCGUGUUCACGACGGAUUUUCCUCCUGUGCCGCCGCAGCAAUUCAAUUACUCCGGCAACGUUCCGCGGGGCCUGUGGACGCCUACGCCGGGAACUAGGCUCCUGAAGUUGAAGUAUGGGACACGGGUGCAACUUGUGUUCCAAGAUACAAAUAUUGUUACUACAGAGGACCACCCCAUGCACAUUCAUGGCUUCCAUUUCUUUGUGGUUGGAUCUGGUUUUGGAAACUUUAACCCUUCGACGGAUCCUGCAAGGUUUAACCUGGUUGAUCCGCCCGUCAAGAACACCAUUGGAACGCCUCCUGGAGGAUGGGUGGCCAUUCGAUUCGUCGCCGAUAAUCCAGGAAUUUGGUUCUUGCACUGUCACAUAGACUCACAUCUGAAUUGGGGACUGGCAACUGCACUUUUGGUAGAGAAUGGAGUUGGCCCAUCACAAUCAGUGAUUCCACCACCACCUGAUCUACCUCAAUGUUAAAACAUCACAAGAAAUCACCAUUGUUCACACACAAAUUUCCUUGUUCCUCAAUUGUUGUUUUCACGUUAUUACAUUAGCUCUUUC